GAUUGUUUGUUUGGUGAAAAACAUAGACGGUGAAAAAGAGACAAGCACGUGACCUACCUUUAAAUAAAGUUUAUUUUUGGUCAGACUGAAACUAAAACUGAUUGAAUUAACACAGAGUUUGUUUAGCAAGAGUAACAUCAGCUGUUCGUUUCAGUCUCUUGUAGUUUACUCUGUUAUACAGUCUGCUGUAGUUGAUCAGGUAUUAUACAGUCUGUGUUGGUGCCAUCGUGUUAUCAGCGCUGAUCUCAGGUGUGUCUAUCAGCAGAGAGCUGAAGUCAGCGGGAUCACAGCCGGACUGUGGACCCGGACCUCUGGACUCUUCAGUAGGUUUCCUCCUGGUUCUGGUCUGAGUCAGAGUCUACGUCCAGAGAUGAAGAGGAGACUUCUGCUGGUGUCCAACUCCACCUUGCACGGUGGGGGGUACCUAGACCACUGUCAAAACCAAAUCUCGGACUUCUUCGGGAGAGAUGUGAGGAGAGUCCUGUUCGUCCCGUAUGCUCUGCACGACAGAGACGCCUACACUAAGACCGCCAGGGACAAGUUCAAGACUCUGGGCUACGAGGUGGACGGGAUCCACGAGGCCUCGGACCCCGUCGCUGCCGUCAAGAAUGCUGAGGCCAUUUUCAUUGGAGGAGGAAACACUUUCCGUCUGUUGAAGAGUCUCUAUGACAACCAGGUGGUGACGGAGAUCAGGCGGAGGGUUCUGGAGGACAGCGUCCCCUACAUGGGCUCAAGCGCCGGCACAAACGUGGCGACCGUGAGCAUCAACACCACCAAUGACAUGCCCAUCGUCUACCCCCCCUCCUUCUCCGCCAUCGGCCUCGUCCCCUUCAACAUCAACCCGCACUACCUGGACCCCGACCCGCACAGCCGCCACAUGGGGGAGACCAGAGAGCAGAGAAUCACUCAGUUCCAUGAAGAGCCGGAUACUCCGAGCGUUCUGGGUCUGAGGGAGGGAUCCAUGCUGCUGGUGGAGGGAGACAAAGCCACACUGCUGGGGACCACCAGGGCCCGACUGUUCAGCAGGGGAAAGGCAUCAGUGGAGUAUGAACCAGGAAGUGACAUCAGCUUCCUGCUGACACAGUGACAAAUCAGAGCAAAGCAGCCCGUCAGACGUUUCUUCUGACCUGAACUGAAUAAAUGUUUUAAAGAAGUC